UUCCUCCGAGUGACGGCCCAAAUUGGGUGACGGAGUCCCAACCGUACCCAACUGAGGGAAGCCUCUCCCUUCCAGAAAUUCCCCACCCCCAAUAAUUGAUCAAUUCUUCUGUCUCUAUCUCUCCAAUAAUUCCAUAAUGAUCCUUUUUCUACUCAUCCAACCCCACCUCUCUCUUCCUCACUCUCUCUCUCUCUCUCUAGCAACGCAUUGUCUCUAUAAUACUACUAGAUCCCUACCCCCACUGCCUCGCCCGUACAUCAUUCCAACAAAUUCGGAAUCAAAGAAGACUCAGAUCCCCAAUCCAGAUCCAAACCAACCUCUCUCUCUCUCUGUCUCUCUCUCAAUCAAACCUUUGAUGGGCAUUAAGCUUCCUACUCUAUCAUGGCCAAUUGCCUUUCUCAUCCCUCUCACUUCCCUUCAACUACCACUUCCCAUUUCCUGAAUACCCUUCUUCCCAAACUCCCCAUUACCCGUUUUCACCUCCUCCUCAUCUUCCUUCACUCUCUCUUAUAACAACACCACUCCACUCUGUUUGUUUACCCAGAAAAUCAAAUCAAAUCAAUCCAGUUUUGACUUCCUUACCCAGAAAAUCAAAUACCCAAAUCCAGUUUUUCACUCAAUUUUCUGGGUUUUUGCUUUUGAAUUGAGUUGGGUACAACAGGAAAGAACGACAUGGCAUCCGUGUUUUUGUACCAUGUGGUUGGGGAUCUGACGGUGGGGAAGCCGGAGCUGGUGGAGUUUGCGGAGACUGAGACAGUGGAGGCGGCGAUUAGGGCGAUAGGAGAGUCGAUGGAAGGAGGGAUACCUGUGUGGAGGAAGAGAUCGCCACACAAGAGUGUGAUUGAGAAUGCUGAGAUGAGGCAACAGAGGUUUGUGGGUAUUCUCAAUUCGCUCGAUAUCGUGGCCUUCUUGGCCAGAGAUGAGUUUUUGGAGGAUCAUGAUAAGGCCAUGAAGACCCCUGUCUCUGAGGUGGUUGUUCCCAACAGUUCUCUGCUCAAGGAGGUUGAUCCUGCUACAAGAUUGAUUGAUGCGUUGGAGAUGAUGAAGCAGGGUGUUAGGCGUCUUCUCAUUCCUAAAAGCGUUGUAUGGAAAGGCAUGAGCAAGCGAUUUUCAAUUCUCUACAAUGGCAAGUGGCUUAAAAACCUUGACGCCUCUAGCAGCUUUAAUACCAACCGCCCUUCUGCAUCUUCUACCACUACCAUCCACGGCAAGUUCUGUUGUCUAUCUCGAGAAGACGUCAUACGUUUCCUUAUCGGCUGCCUCGGUGCAUUGGCUCCUCUCCCUCUGUCAUCCAUAUCUUUCCUCGGAGCCAUCAACCCAAACUACUAUUCAAUUGAAGCAUCCCAUCCCGCCAUCGAAGCUGCCCAAAAGCUUCCCCACGACCCCAGCGCCGUCGCUGUUGUGGAAACCACAUUGGACGGUCAAAACAAGAUCAUUGGAGAGAUUUCAGCAUGCAAACUGUGGAAAUGUGACUACUUAGCCGCAGCGUGGGCCUUGGCCAAUCUCUCAGCAGGACAGUUUGUGAUGGGUGUUGAGGAUAAUGUGUCUUCAAGGUCACUACCGGAUCUUUUGGUGAAUCCAGGAGUAGGAGAUAGUUGUUUAGUUAAUGGCAGUGGCUCAAUGCGGCUGAAGAAAUUCAGCAGUAGGAGUAUUGGGUUCAUUAGUACUCCAAACCCUAGUUUUGGUGUCGGUAGGAGCAUGUAUAGGGGUAGAAGUGCGCCCUUAACGUGUAAGGUUACAAGUUCGUUGGCUGCGGUGAUGGCUCAGAUGCUGUCUCAUCGCGCAACCCAUGUGUGGGUGACUGAGGCUGAAAAUGAGGAUGUCUUGGUUGGCGUGGUCGGUUAUGCUGACAUUUUGGCUGCUGUGACACGACCGCCAGUGGUAAGUGUUCCUGGAACAACAACAGCAGUUUGAGAGUAGAAUGAGGUUCUGUAUUGAAACUUUUUCCUCUCUCUCUCUCUCUCUCGCUCUCUCAUUAUUAUUACUAUUAUUAUUCAUCAAAAUUAGUUCUCAGGUUGUGUUUGAGCCAUUUUUGUUGGGAUUUUGUAAAAGAGAUUUGGGCUUUUGGGGCUUAUGUGAACAAUGAUGAUUUUGUGUAUAAUUUGGUUUGUUAAUGUGAAAUGAAAUCAUAUUAGAUUGUA